AUGGCUGAAUCAGCUUCCCGAGCACGUAAAAACGCAAAGAAGAAAGAUCCAGUAGACGACAUUCCAGAAGAAGAGAAGAUCAGACUGAUUAAAGAAACUGGGUUGCUGAAAAACUUUGAAAAAGUCGAAUUUAAUCAAACAGGCGUCGAAGACGAGUACUAUGGCUGGACGUUUUUGGCGUUUCUGUACACCAUUCCACUCUGUUCAGUUUAUUGCGUUAUGGACAUUAUGGUGCACAGACAGUAUAACCAAGAUGUUGAGUUUAUGCCAUUCUUUGUUAGAGUUGCAAAAAUGUCUCCUAUUCUCUGGGUUUUCGUUUACUUUAGCAACAAGUAUUGUCACCGUCCACUGGUCCAGUUUGCAAUGUUUCUAGGUUCGAUUUUUUGUGGAUGUUACGUCGUUUAUCUACUUCAAAAGGCUCCUUACCUCGGAGUAAUGCGACGAUGUCCUCCAUUGUCUACACUAUGGACUUAUUUCGUCGCUCAACUACGAUUACCUCCCGCUGUCCUUAGUCUUUUAUCGGUGCUUGUAUAUUAUUAUCUGUACUUUUGA